UGUGGAAGUCAGACUGAGUCCAGUAUCAGACAGGAACUAGGAAGUGUGACUAUCUUCUGAGCUUCAACACUAAAUACGGCAGUGAACAGGAGCAGGAAUGUCACAAUCCGCUGCGCAGUCAGAGCUGAGGCUGGUGGUGCUGGGCCGGUCAGGGGCAGGCAAGAGAUCAGCAGUCAGCACCAUCCUGAGCCUGCAAGACACUCCGCAGGGCACAGAGGCUGCUGCCAUCCAGGAGUGCAGCAAACACAGAGGAGAGGCUGCAGGCAGACAGGUGGUGGUCGUCUCCAGUCCGGCCUGGUUCGGCUCAGGCUGCGACCCGGAGGAGAGGAGAAGACACAUAUCCUCCUUUAUCUCCUUAUCCAGCCCUGGAGCACACGCCUUCCUGCUGUGUGUCCCUGUGAACCAGCCAGCCGACGAGGAGGCCAAGGCGCUGGACGUCCUGAAGGAGCUGCUUGGCCCCUCUUCAGUCAGCAUGCACACCAUUGUUCUCUUCACCCACACUGAAGAGCUGGAGGAGGGCGAGCAGCUGGAGGAAUACCUGAUCACAUGGCGCAAGGACCUCCAGGAGCUGGUGGGAACAUGUGGCGACCGCUACCACACCCUGGAGACCCGCAGUGGAGACCCGGCGGAGGGGAAAGCUGUGGAGGAGCUGCUGGAGAAGGUGGAGCAGGUGGUGAGAGAGAGUGGGACGCAACACUUCAGCUGUCCUCUGUACCAGGAAGCUGAGGACAGAGUGAGAGAGAGGCAGCUGGAGCUGGUGAGACAGACGAAGGACUCAGAGGAUGAUGUCACAGAAGAAGAAAUUGAGGCGGUCCGGGAAGAGGCAGAGAGGAGCGUCGGGGACCUGAAUGUGGAUGUAGAUAGUAUUUUCCCCUGUUCCAGUGUCUCUGCUGCUCCUUCCUUUCUCGGGGGCCUGUGGGAGAAGCUGACAGGCUGGAUCAAGUGGCUGCCCAGAGUGAUGAGACGGGAGGCCCUGCUGGGAGCACUGGUCGGCCUGUUUGUGGGGGGCCCGAUUGGAGGUAUCAUGGGUGCCACUGUGGGGUCAGUGGCUACUGAGGUGGGGAGAAGAAAAACACAGAAAACUAAAUGAGAGCUAAUCUUAUAUGAAUGUAUUAUGCAUUGAGUUGCACUUAAAGUUUGUUCACUGUGUUCAGCACACUAUUGUAUUACUGAGCUACUAGUUUAGCAGCUAGCAUCUGUCACAACAGUAUCUAAGCUUGACCACUGAGCAGAGCACUACUCUUUAAUAAAGCAUACAGUAUUAUCUAACGGCUUUAUUAAUGGUUUAUAAACCAUGCUUCAUAGAUCACUAAUAACCAUUGGUGGAAUGUAACUAAGUACAUUUACUCAAGUACUGCACUUAAGUACAAUUUUGAGGUAUUUGUACUUUUCUUGAGUAUUUCCAUUCUAUGUAACUUUAUACUUCUACUCCACUACAUUUAGCUGACAGGUCAAAUUUUUACAUACAAAUAUGAUCAAUUUAAAUUGAUUUAACAUUAAAUUAAACCUCAUAACAUUAUUAUUUAGUUAAAAUGAGCCCUGCCUUGAGAAAAUAAAACAAAUCCAAUAAUAUAUAUGGAAUAAAUAUAACAAUAGGAGUCGGUCCAUUCUGCAUAACAAGUACUUUUACUUUUGAUACUCUAAGUACAUUUUGAUGCUGAUACUUUGUACUUUUAGUUAAGUAAGUUUUAAAUGCAGGACUUUUACUUGUUGUGGAGUAAUUCUGCAGUGUGGUAUUAGUAAUUUUAUUUCAGUAAGAGAUCUUUAUGCUUUUCCACCACUGCUAACAACCCAUUAAUAAGAACAGUAUUUGGGUUUCCAGGUUGAAUAAAAUAAAACCCUUUCAUUAGUGCAAGUGGCAACAUCUGGGCCUUAAAAGUGGAGACAAUGUGAAGUGCCUUAAGCCUGCAUUCUUGUUAAAGGCCAGCAGGGGGCGCCUCCACUGAUUGAUUGAUUUUAUGCGAUAAUAACCCUACUCCUCACAUGAUUUAUUACCUCAGAAAGCAUUUUUCCAAUGAGUUUAUGCUCUCACUCUCUUCUUCAUUACAGCAGGAUUAUUUAUUACAUAAAUUAUGUUCUGAUUUAGAGUAAAAUACACGAUUCAGUAGUCAGUUACAAGGUAGCAACACCCUGAAGCAUACCCUACAGUUCGUGGUUAGUAAAGCUUACUUUCCAUUUAGAAACUCUGUAGAUCACCGGAAGUCAUGGCAGGGCAGCCGAAGGACAUUAUAGGUAAAACCAGAAAAUCUUCACCAAAGGUAGUAACCCAGCUGAUGGUGUGUUAGCUCCUUAAAGCUGCUUCUUGCUGCAGUUUGUACCCACUUACCAAAUUUACAUAGUGCAAGAACAGGUCAUCGUGGCACAGAGUGGGAAUGAAAGAGGAACCAUCCUCCAUAUUGAAAAUCAGUGUGGCACGAAAAUCAUUUUAAAGCUGUUAUAAUAAGUUAUUUAAGCCUAACUGAUGCAGUGAGUAGCUUUUCAUUUCUAAAACAACCAUGUCAGAAGACAUAUCCUGCGGACAUAUCCUGCGGUUGUGGAAAAGAUGUUACUCUAAAAUACUAAAAUUAAAACUGUCCAACGCAAUAACCUAAAAGUAGAACUCACGGCUAUGUUAAAUAGUGAAAGUAAGACUAUUUCCACACACACAAUGCCAAAAGAACUCAAGGGAUUGGUAUUUAACAGCUGUGUAGCCUUAAGAAAACCACUUAUCAGUGAGGCUAAUCGGAAAAAAAGUUUCACUAUGCUCGGGAGCAUAAGUGAGGGGUGAGGGGUUCAACAGAUGCAGUGAUGUACUUAUUAGAGGUGGGGGAAAAAAUCGAAACAGGAUAGCAUCACUAUAUUUUGAGUGGCAAUCUAUCGAUUCAUGGCCGCCAAGUAUCGAUAUUUAGCGUUCCAACAGCUAGCGGGCAUCAGUGUUUUCUGCUUUUUUUUUCUUUUCGGAGGCCGAAGCGGGCUCAUAUUUAGAAAUAUACUGGGAUACACUGGCAUUAUAUGAAACUAGAAGAUCUAAGGAAUCUAUAGGCACCAUAUUGUGUUGGGAAGUUGUCAAAAAUGCUGCAAAGUUAGUCUUUUUUAAUGUUUCAUUAAAAAAAAUCAGAGCAGUGAAGCUUAAAGUUGAGUAAAGUUUGAUAAAAUGCUGCAGUUGUUGUCGUCCAUACAUGUUUGAUAUCAGUUGAGUUCAGUUUGACUGAAUACUUUGUUGGUCAGUCUGUGGGUUUGACUCUCAUUGUAAUGAAUAGACUGAGAAUUUUCUCUUAUUUGACAAAACAAUUCUUGAUUGAAUUUAAUUUUCUGGACACAAAAUGCAGUUAAACAGUUAAAUCACAAUAUAUUGUAUCAUAAUACUCACCAUUUCGCAAAAUGCUUAAAAUCACCAUAAUAUCGUAUCAUGACUCACGUAAAAUGGCAUCGUGGGGCCUCUGGUGGUU